UUGACAGACGAUGUUGCUAGUUCUUGUCGUGUUGCAAUUUAUAAGUUUUACUUAUGGCAGUGAGAUGAAUAACAAAACCUACUCAGGAUGUGAGGCUAUGACUGCGAAAGACGAGCCAAAUUUGGCCAUUGUUUUCCAAUGUCUUGUUGCAAACUAUAAUUUAAGUGCAACUCUAUCGGAUAUUAUGAUAAAGAUGGAUCAAUUUCAACAAGAGAAAUAUGUACAAUCACCUUUUCAAAAAAUUGAUGACAUCUUAGAAAUAUCUAGUGAUCUAUCCGGUAAAGAUUGCCAAUCCAGACGACAAAUAAUACAAGCCAUACGCAGAAAAUUGGAAUGGUAUAAUGUUAUGGACGAUACAGAGUCUUCUCUUUUUGAUUACGAUGAUGCCAUAAAGCCAGAGAUUUCUGAAUCUGCCCCGGAGAAUGCUGUUUCAAAAAUCGAACUGAGAACCGAUUUUAAAAAAGUUUUAAAAGAGAUCCGUUGCCUGCUGGCAAAAUCCAUACGAAAAACAGAACCGACCGCUAAUGCAACAGAAACCAAUUAAUUUGAAAAC